CAUCUAAUGCGAGUGCAAUUGUCGCAGCGACGUCGUCGAAAAGUGAAAAGCUUGCAAAAUAGAAUGCGAAAAAAAACGGCAGCAGCAAAAGACCGCGUCGUCGCUGCGUUAGAAUCGUUUUGAACGCCAACGCGGAGCGCAGCCAGCUGCAGUAGCGUCGCUGCCGCCGUCGUCGUCGCUGUCGCCGUUGUCGUUACUCGUUUUCAUUUCGCCUGCGGUUUCAGUUGUCAUUUUACUACAGUCGCUGUUAGUUAUUUGUGUGCGUCGUCGUCGUCGCCGUCGCUGACGUUGCAUUCUAAGUGGGUUCUCGACUUGAAGCGCACGCAUCCACCCGCAAUCGGCAAAGCAAACAGCAACUCACGCACUUUUCUUUUAGUUCCUUUAAUUAUAUUGUUUUUGUUUCGUUUUGUUUUGUCGCCAUUGCCCAUUUCCGCUUUGGCAGUGCGUUGUAAAAAGGCGCGCGAAACGCGUGCGUCGCUGCCCGCAAUCGCUGCCAGCUGCAUAUUGCUGGUUGCGAUCUCAAGGCUAAACGCGUCACUAUGUUGUUGUUGGCUUUGCUGUAGGAGUCGUGGUGGGCGGCUCGUGUAACGUUUCGCCUGCCGCGCCGCCGCCGUCGUCGCCGCGUCUACGUCGCGCGUCAGCGUUGCGUUUGCGUUUGCGUCAGCGUAGCAGCAUUGCGUCUACGUGUUCAUAUGCGCAAAUUCCUUUGGACGCGCAGUCCGUGCCGUUUGCCGUUUACCGUUCACACAUUUACCGUUGUUGCCUGGCGCUUUGCUGCUAUUGCUGUAAUUGCGAGCAAUUUAGCUACUGCUAACUGCUCUGCUUUAAUUAUUUUAAACUUUUUUUUUCGUGUGUUUCCCAUUUGUUUAAUUCUUGUUCUGUUUUUUUCCUUAUUUUGUUGCUGAAUUUGUCGCGUAGCGCACAAGAAAUGAACGCCACGUUUUUCACAUAAUAAUAGAAAGAGAGGGCCAGUGCGAGCGAGAGUGGGAGAGAGUGAACGAACUUUUUUCAACAUUUGUGCAAAUAAUUUUUUGUUUGUUUGUAGUUUACAACAAAUUUUUAUCGUGUGUGUCGCUGCCUGCUGCAUAAGCAAACAGGGUGAGUUGGAAAGCUGAGCUCUUUUGGCACUCUUUAAAUGCAAAACAGCAGCGUAAGCUGUCACCGACAUGGGCAGUGAGCAAUACUGCUUGAGGUGGAACAAUCAUCAAUCCAACCUGUUAGGGGUGUUUAGUCAAUUAUUACAGGACGGGAGCCUGGUGGACGUUACAUUAGCUUGUUCAGGGGGCCCAUCCAUCAGAGCCCAUAAGGUGGUGCUGUCGGCCUGCUCCUCGUAUUUCCAGAGCCUGUUUCUGCAGCACUCCGAUCCACAUCCAAUUGUGAUACUGAAGGACGUCCGUUUUGCCGAGCUGCAAACUCUAGUUGAAUUCAUGUACAAGGGCGAGGUGAACGUGCAAUAUUGUCAGUUGCCAGCGCUGCUCAAGACAGCCGAAUCACUGAAGGUUAAAGGCCUAGCCGAGAUGACAAAUCAGAACACGACGCUGCGGGAGCCCGAGCGGGAGCCAGAUCGCCUGCGUCCCCAUUCGCAGGCCAGCGGCGGCAGCGGCAGUGGCAGCAAGGCGGCCGACAGUCCACUGGACGCAGCAGCAGCAGCAGCAGCGGCGGUGUCAGCUCCCAGCUCUUCAACAGCCACGACAGCAGCAGCAGCAGCAGCAGCGACAGCAGCUGCAACGACAGCAACAACAGCAGCAGCAGCAGCGGACAAUAUGGCGACAACAGCUGCUGGCAGCAGUAAAACAGCAGCAACAGAAACAACAACAGCAGCAACAACAACCACAGCAACAGCAACAAGCACAGCAACAACAGCAGCAGAAGCAGCAGCAGCAGCAGCAGCAGCGUCAACGUCAGCUGCGUCCGAGGCGUCAGCAGCGACGUCCGCGUCGAAGCGCGAGGCCGGCGAACGCUGCAGUCCGACGCCGCCGCCAAAGCGGCCAGCGAGCAGCAGCACAGCAGCCAUUGAGCUGCUGGAGGACGAGGACGAGGAUGACGACGAUGAUGCUGAGGAGCUGCUGGAGGAGGAGGACGAUGAGCUGGUGGAGGAGCUGGAAGAGGAUACAUCAAUGCCGCUAGAUCUUUAUCAAAGACCCGCCGCCGCCGCCACAGCUGCGUCCGCUGAGCCACAUGCCAUGCCGCCAGAGAGCUCUACGAGCAGCCACAGCAGCAGCAACAACAACAACAACAACAACAACAACAACGGCAGCAGCAACAACAACAGCAGCAGCAAGAAUAGCAGCAGCAACAACAACAGCAGCAGCCACAACACCAGCAGCAACAACAACAACAACAAUAGCAGCAACAACAGCAGCAGCAACAACCAAAUGAAAGCCACGUGCUCCUCCUCAACGGGCGCCUCGCCCAGCGGCAGUGGCAGCAACGGCAACGGCAACGUCAACGUCAACGCCAACGACUGCACAGCGCAUGCAACGCCCGAGCCGAGCAGCCAUGUCGUGGCCGUUGACAUUGAUGACGACGACGAGGACGAGCCGGACGAUCAUGAUAUGACCGAUGUGGAUGAUCACGUCAUCGUUGUCCAUCGAACUGCGGCAGCAGCAGCUGCAGCCGCUGCACGCGACAUCGCGCAACGCAUCGCGCAUCACAGUGCGCGGCGUGCCCAGACCGAGAACGAUGACGACGACGACGAUGAUGAUGAUGACGAUGAGGACGAUGAUGAGCAUCGGCACGAUCAGCCAGCAACGUCGGCCGCAGCAGCAGCAGCAGCAGCGGCAGCAGCAGCAGCAGCGCAUGAAUCGCUGCUUCACUCGCCCAGCGCCAGCGGCGGGCUGCAGCCGAAGACAGAGGUGAUCGACGAUGACUACGACGACGAGAUGGAUCUGGACGACGACGAUGAGGCGGACAACAGCAGCAACGAGAUGGGCCUCAACAUGAAGAUGAGCAGCGGCGGUGUCGAUCUCUCUACGGGCUCUACCGUUAUACCAUCACCGCUAAUCUCGAUGCCCUCAUCGUCGGCAGCAGCAGCCGCCGCAGCAGCCGCAGCAGCAGCAGCAGCCGCCGCCAUGGAAUCAGCUCGCUCCACACCUGGCGGCGGCGGCGGCGGCGGCGGCAAUGCCGUUGCCUCCGAUCUGAGUCUGUCGAUGUCGCAAUCCGGACGCCCAUCGUCGCGUUCAUCGCGCGACGGCAGCAACGCCGCUGCCGACGGACGCUCCAGCAGCCUCCUGAAUCCCGGCAACGUAGCCGGCCUCUUGCCAGUGCAAUCGGUGCCAUUGAGCCUCAAGAAAGAGAUCGAUUGCAGUGAGGAUGAUAACAGCAGUCACAGUAGACACAUGCAACCGCGUUCGGCAUCAGCUGGCGGCGGACUGGGCGGCGACCUGGACUAUCGCGCCUCGCACGAAUCGCUGCUGCGCAACUUUGGCUCACCGAUGAGCGCGAUGGCCGCCAGCCGCUGCCCCACGCCGUUUGCGUUCCCCUUUUCGCCGCUCGGGCUGAGCCUGUUCGACAUUGAUCCGUCCAGAAUACUGAACCUGCUGCACCACCAGACCUGGCUGGCCGAGGAGGCAUUGCGCACGCGCGGCCUGCUCGGCGCGCCAAAGGACUUUCCCCACCGUUUUACCACGUUGAGCGAUCUGCUUACCAAGGACUAUCAGCCAACGGCGGCCAGCUAUGCGGCCAAGCAGACGCAGCAGUCCACAACGAGCCGUUCCAGCGAUCCACAGUACAAACAACCGCAGCAACAUCAGCAACACCAGCAACAACCACAGGCCACACAGCCGCAGCAACCGUCUCAGCAACAGCAACAAUCAGGACAAGCGGCGCAGCCGCAUGUCGCGUUCAAUAUGCGCUAUGCCACGCCCACUGGCUUUUUUCAGCCAUCGAAGGGCGGCAAGUCGGCAGGCACACCCUCGCCACAGCAGAUGGCCACCUCGUCGACGGCCAUCUCAGCGGAGUCGCAGCUGGAGGGCCAGGCGGAGGGCAACGAUGACGUCACCAUCGUUGAGCUGGGCAGCGAGCGCAGCGUCGUGACGCCCAAUAGCAGUGCGCUGCUGUACAAGGAGUCGCUGGAGCAGCUGCUGGCCCAGCAGCAGCAGCACCAGCAGCACCAGCAGCACCAACAGCAGCAGCAGCAGCAGCGACGUCGCAAUGCUAACAACAGCACGUCCAGCACAGGCGGAGUUGGAGCUGCAGCUGGAGCUGGCAGUGGAGCUGGGGUCAUUGUGGACGCCAGUGGCUUGCGUCAAUAUACGCAGCUGCUGCUGUCUGGUGCUGGCACGCCCGUCAGCUGCACGGACACUUCGAGCAGCUGCAAGGAGAAGAGCUCCUCGUCGUCUACCUCAUCGACGCCGCCGCCAAGCGGCGCGCUGCUCGCCCAGCAUCAGCAGCUGAGCCAAAUGCUGAAGAGUCCAUCGGACACGUGCUCCUCGCUGUUCAGCGAGCCGAUCGAGGAGGAGACACGCUGCGUCGUCUGCAAUGCGCACUUCCCCAACGUCUGGCUGCUGGAGCAGCACGCGGCACUGCAGCAUCCGCACAUCGGGCCGGGCGAAGAGAAGCCCUUCAUAUGCGAGCAGUGCGGCCAAUCGUAUCGCUAUCGCAGCGCCUAUGCCAAGCACAAGGAGCAGAACCAUCGCGCCCGCCUGCCCGCCGACAAGCUGUUCACCUGCGACGUCUGCGGCAUGCAGUUCCGCUAUCUGAAGAGCUUCAAGAAGCAUCGGCUCAAUCAUGCACUCGAGCGUCUCCAUGGCAAGAAGUCGAUUGGCGUCGGCGUUGGCGUGGGCGUUGGUGUGGGCGUGGCACGCAUGAUAAGCGGCACAGCGGCAGCUGCAGCAGCAGCAGCAGCCGCCACCACGGCACAGCUGGACCAGGAUGUGGUGACCAGCUCGCAGGAGCCGAUGCUGGCCGACGAGGGCGAGGAUCUGCGCAUCAAUGUGAAGCGUGAGGGCGACGACCCGGCCCACCAGCAAGAGGCCACCAGCGAGGAGCACGAACAGGACAACACAAUCGACUCGGCGGGCAUCACGAUGCUCUACAACGACAACAACUCAUCGGCUUCGGCCUCCACGAGCGCCACGGAGCCGAACAUCAGCAGCUCGGACGGCAUACAUAGUACAAACAAGCGGUCACGCCUGUUGAACAGCGCACACCACUUGGAAACGGAUCCCUCCUAUCACCAUCAGCCACACCAUCAUCAUCAUCAAUCACAACAGCAGCAGCAGCAGCAGCAGCAGCAGCAGCAACAGCAGCAGCAACAGCAGCAGCAGCAGCAACAGCAUCAUCAUCAGCAGCCGCAGUCGCAGUCCCAGCAGCUGCCGCCGCAUCUGGCGCACGUCUCACUGCCAAUGGCCAGCGCUGCAGCCGGCUCCUCGUCGGCAGCAGCAGCUGCGGCGGCCGCUGCGGCUGGCUGCAUCGCCAGUCCAGGGGCUGGCGCAGCUGGCUCUGCCAACAGCGGCGUGGGCGGCAGCGGCAUUAGCUCGCUCAGUUCGCUGACUUCGCUGAUCAAUGCGGAGCGCAUACCCAAUGAGCAGUUCCUGGGCCUCAAUCCGCAGGAGGCUUCAAUACUCAACUUUUUGCGAGUCGAUGCCGCUGAGCGACAGCGUGACAAGCGACCCACCACAUCGCGCUUCGCAUGCCCCUUCUGUGGCAAGUGCGUCCGCUCCAAGGAGAACCUGAAGCUGCACGUGCGCAAGCAUACAGGAGAACGUCCGUUUGUCUGCCUGUUCUGCGGACGCGCCUUCGGCGGCAAAUCGGAUCUGACCCGCCAUCUGCGCAUCCACACCGGAGAGCGGCCGUACCACUGCGAGUCGUGCGGCAAGUGCUUCGCCCGGGCCGACUAUCUCUCCAAGCACUUGACCACGCACAUUCACAAUGCGCCGCGCUGAGAUGAGGCGCGUAGGAGGCGGCUCCUACGCAGAUAAGCCCACUAACCACACACAUCUACACACACGCACACUCACACUCACACUCACACGCACAC